AUGGCUUAUGUGGCAAUUUGCUGCCGCCAGGAUGUGCCGUCCGUCUACUGCUCGCACUUGGUCGAAGAGUCGGUCUACCAGCAAACGCGGGGCCGCCCGCUCUAUAUGCGGAUGGUCGCCGACUACGCGGCACGGGCAGCGUCGCGACCGGCAUUUCGCGAACUUCUCUACGAUCUUUACGAUGAUUUCAACUACGACGGCGUCGCCGGCGUGUACUUGUGGCAAGAUCUUUGUAUGCGGAUACCCGGCCGUUGGACGCGGAAGAACCAUUUCUACCACGAUUUUUGCAAGAAAUGGGCAGCUACAUGUAGGGAAGCAUUUUUUUGCGGGGUGGCUGACGAGGAGACACUGAUGAAGCGGACGCUGCGCUAUUUUUUCACCAUGUGCAGGCCGCACGCGACGGGCCCCGAGCGGGAGUACUGUGCCAAUUUUCUGAUCCCGUCGUUUGAUUCACUGUUUGUCGCGGAACAAGACGACCUGAUGAGGAACAUGGACAUCAACGGGCUUCGGUUUUUGGAGGCGUACGUCGACGUGUUGCCGCCGGCAAUUUUCGCCAUCUUUGCCGAGGGAUGCCAUCUGCAGCAAACUAAAGCCAACCUCUACACUUCUCUCUGCCGUGCACUGAAACAGACCCGAAAUCAGGACUACAAAUAUUGUGAUGAUUUGCCGGCGACGAGUCCAAGACAGGGGAAAUGUCGAAGCAUGACGUAUCCAGAUUGUGAUUCGCGCAACCACACCAAACUAAUCAACUGCUACAAAACGAUGGCAAAAGAAUGUUCUGUGAAUGAAGCGUCGCCGGAAUGCGGAAUGCUGAAGGGUGCCUACUACGGUAAUCCGGACAGCGCUUCAAGUCCGGAUAUCGCCAAGGGGAGGGAGGAGGCCCAGAAGAUUUGCCAGAUGCACCCCGACUUCGAGUUCUACGCCGCCUUCUACAUGGUGUGGCCAAGUGGCGGAGAUUUGCGGAAGCCGCCCCUCGGUAUCGGCGAGAUCCCCGAAGGGGUGCUGGAACGGGCUGAAGGGUUUGAGGAAGCGGAACUGGAGGAGCCACGGGAGAGGUACGGACACCUCGACAGCACCGACUUCUGGGCGCACUUCAACUUUGCCAAGUGCGACUUCAUGAUCCGGUCUUUUGUCGAUGUUCUCGGGCCGCAAGUCUACCAGCGGUUAUGUGUCGAUGCGAAAAUCAAUCGCACCAUACCGGUCUAUUGUCGACUGCUCUACCAGUACAUUCACAUCGACCUUAUCGAGCGCUACCUGCCCGACGACGCCGACAUCGUGGUGCUCUGCCAGAAGCAUUUCCGCCGCUGCAUCAACUCGACGCUCGCAAUUUGCGAUGUUUUGUGGGAAAAGGCCCCACCCGAGUUCGACGGUCUGCUGGCAAACAUCUACAGCCACGAGUGCAUGGGCCAUUCGCAUAUCGUCACUUCGGAUCGGAAGUACUGCCGCAAAAUCAUCGCCGUCUGCUCGAAGCGCAACUCGCCGGCUUGUCGAUCUGUAGGCCGGGCCAGCGCCGUGAAGACGAGAACUGAGCAAAACUUCAUCAUCUACAUCAUCGGUUUCGGGCCCGUCGCCCUGGUGCUGAUCGGGCUGUUUUGGUGCUGCCCAUACGCGGAGAUCUGGUACCAACGGCGACAAUACCACAAAAUGAUGGCCUCCUACCAGAGGGAGCAGCAGCGGCUGCGUCGCAGCGCGUCCUCGUCCACCCGCUCGAUCGCCAGAAUUUCGGCAGAGUCGAUGAGCCAGUCAGCCGCGAGGGCUUCCACCCAGUCCAUCUCCAACGUCUCCCACAGAUCCACGCGCCAAAAC